GUGGAGUUUUAAUCCUAUUUCAUCUUUGCUUAAAUUACUCGAUUGUCCCUCCUCUUCGAUUUUAUUAUUAUCAAGCAGAAUGAAGAAUUAAAUUAUUAAUCUAGUUCUAUCCUUUGGUUCUCCCUCUUGGAGAAACCGCCUAUCUAUGCUAUUUUCCUCCCUUUAUGCUCUCUUUUCAUAUAAUAUAUUCAAUAGGAAUUAAUCUCGUAUUAAUUCCUCUCUUUUCAUAUAAUAUAUUCAAUAGGAAUUAAUCUCAUAUUAAUUCCUAUCACCGUUUCAGUGAGAGUUUCAACUUGCUUUUUGUCCAAUGAAAUUGGAGGAGUAGGAUGAUUCUCGAUCUGAUCGAAAAUCUGCAUAAGAGAAACCAGAGCAGCAUAAGCCGCCAUUGAUAAAUUUCCUUCUUUUUUUUUGGUAAGAAAGUAUUUUUUUUCAGGUUGCAGAAAAUGUAGAUCGAAGUUGAAGAAAUGGUGAUGGAAUAUGGACUUGAGUUGACUGAAGCAAUAAUUGUGGAAAGUGGAAACGGUAGAAAUCUUCUCACAUGGGAAUUUCUUCGCGAUUCAAAGACCAAACACGCGUCGAAUUAAGGAAUUGUUUCCUUUCGAAGAGUUUCUUGUGCUCAAGGCAAUACUGAAAGAAACUGCAGCCUUAAAUUGCAUGGAUUUAAAUAUGCCCACCAUCUGUUUGACUGGGUCCGCAACGAAUUGGUAAAAGUCGUUGCAGAAUACAAGUCAACUUUUUAUAUGUAUCUUUGUCGUAGUAUACUUUUGUCUAUCUUAGACUCAGUAAUACGCGUUGUCUGUGAGUUAAUUUCACUGCUCCAACAUCUUUGUCACUGCAAUUCGAUUCUGGAAUUUCCUUGUUUGGAAAAUUGAUUUUAUAUAUAUAAGCUUUUGCAGCAGCUUAUACGAACACCCUUUCCAUAAAUUGGCUUUCUUUACAUAUAUACUUGACUUGUCUGAGCUGUCUCAGUCUUGAUGCUUUUGCAAUGCAGAAUCCUUACUUCUUUUGCUUGCAUAUGCUUUUGUUUAUGUGCUUUUGUGUUGACCCUUUGACCGGUUUCAAUGAAACUGCUGUAAAGGCUAAUGUUGGAGUGGUUCUUGAUCUUGACACUGAUGUUGGAAAGAUUUGCAAAACUUGCAUCUCUAUGGCAAUCGAAGAUUUCUACUCCAACCGCAAUUACAGCACCAUGAUCGAGCCUCAUUUCAGAGACUCGAGGAGUGAUGUUGUUGCUGCAGCUUCUGCAGCUAUAGAUUUGUUAAAGAAUAAUCAAGUGAUGGCGAUAAUCGGGCCACAAAGAUCUGUUCAAGCAGACUUUGUGAUAGAUAUUGGUGACAAGGUGAAAGUUCCAAUAAUAUCUCCCGCAACGAGCCCGUCUAUAUCGCCUAAAGAAUCGUCAUACUUCAUAAGAUCAGCUUGGUGUUCCUCUUCUCAAGUCGAAGCAAUUGCAGCAAUUGUGAAGAAAUUCGGUUGGAAGGAGAUUGUUUUUGUGUACGAGGAUACCAACUACGGAAGCGGAUUAGUGCCGUAUAUAACUGUGGAUCUUCUUAAGAGCAAUGCUUUGGUCUCACACCAGACUGUUAUUUCCUCUGAUGCCACAGAGGAUCGAAUCCGACAGGAGCUCUAUAAGUUGACGAAGAUUAGGGCGAGGGUGUAUGUGGUUCAUAUGGUGCCAGACCUUGCAUCCCGUUUCUUCAAGGUGGCGAGAGAAGCAGGGAUGAUGGGAAAGGGGUAUGUUUGGUUAAUUGCUGACGUGCUAACGAGUCUCUUGGAUUCUAUGGAUCCACAGACAAUGGAGGCCAUGCAAGGUGUACUAGGUGUGAAGGCUUACGUUCCAGAAUCUGUUAAGCUUAGAGACUUUGAAAAGAGAUGGAGAAAGAGGUUUCGUAAGGAGAAUCCAGAGAUGGACAGAACAGAACUCAAUGUUAUUGGGCUGUGGGCUUAUGACAGCAUCACAGUUUUGGCAGAGGCAAUUGAACGAGCUGGUGUGACAUCCCCGCAAUUCAAUAGAUCUAUUGCUGGAGGAAAUUUAACGGAUUUGGAAGCAAUGGGAACAUCAUUGUCUGGACCAUCACUUAUUGGUUGGAUCAGAAACCACACGUCCAAAGGGCUGAGUGGUGAUUUUAACAUAAGUAACGGCCAACUACAGCCGUCUGCAUUUGAGAUAGUUAAUGUGAAUGGCAGAAAAGAAAUCCCAGUUGGUUUCUGGAGUGAGCAAUGUGGAAUCUCAAGGGAGUUUAUGCCAGAUGAUCAUCAAGAUGAUUGCUCGAACGAAAAGGAAAAUCUUGACCCCAUUGUAUGGCCAGGAAAAGAAAGUAUAGUGCCUAAAGGGUGGGAAAUUCCUCUGAAUGGGCAAGAGUUGAAGGUUGGAGUGCCAGAAAAAAAGGGUUUCAAUGAAUUCGUUAAAGUUGAGACGAAUGAAGAAACAGGUGAUGUUCAACCAACAGGUUUAUCCAUUGAUGUUUUUGAGAAUGUAUGGAAUCAUGGCCCAGUCAGAUAUAUUUCCAUCAAUACAGAAGGUGGAGGUUAUGAUGAACUUGUUCAAAAAUUAGUGGAGGGGGAAUUUGAUGCAGUGGUGGGAGAUAUUACGGUGACAGCCAACAGAUCCCUAUCCGCAGAUUUCACAUUUCCUUACACAGAAUCUGGAGUUGGAAUCGUUGUUCCAAUCAAGCCUUACGAGAGGAAGAAUGCUUGGAUAUUUAUGAAACCUCUAACAACCGGCCUCUGGAUAACCAUUGGUGCGUUCUUUGUCUACACUGGAUUUGUCAUUUGGGUUCUUGAGCAUCGCGUGAAUAAAGCAUUCCGCGGUCCACCUAAGCAGCAAGUUGGCAUGAUAUUCUGGUUCUCAUUCUCAACGCUUGUUUUUGCACACAGGGAGAAAGUGAGGAGCAACUUGACAAGAUUUGUGGUGAUCGUAUGGGUGUUCGUGGUGCUGGUUUUGACAUCAAGUUAUACUGCAAACUUGACGUCCAUGCUAACAGUAGAUCAACUGCAACCUAAAAUCAACGAUAUUGAUGACCUGAUAAAGAAUGGAGAGUAUGUUGGCUACCAAACGGGCUCAUUUGUUCAUGAAUUCUUGACAAAGAACCAUAUUCUUGUAUCCGGAAGACUGAAAAACUACAGCACUUUGGAUCAAUUCCACGAUGCUCUCUCCAACGGCAGCGCAAUGGGUGGAAUAAGCGCGAUCAUAGAUGAACUCCCUUAUAUUCGGCUUCUCCUUUCCAAGCAUUGCGACAAGUAUACCAUGAUUGGUCCAAUAUAUCCAACUUCUGGCCUUGCUUUCGCGUUUCCAAAGGGUUCGCCACUAGUUUACGAUGUUUCACACAAGAUCCUGAACCUUAAAGAGGAUAGAGAAUUAAUGGUGAGGAUUACAAAGAAAUGGCUUGGAGAUGCAAAAGAAUGCCCCAAUGCCGAUGGAGCUCUGAGCAAAUCACAGAGCCUCAAUAUUGACAGUUUUCAGGGGCUCUUCGUCAUUGCUGGGGUGUCAUCAACGCUAGCUCUGGCUAUAUUCAUAUCCCGUUUCUUGUAUGAGAAUCAGUAUGUUUUAGCAUCUACUGCUUCGAGGAAGGAGAAGCUGCUUGGGCUUGCUAGAAUUUUUACGAGGGAGAAAGAUGUGUCGUCCUCAUCCAAGGAAACGCAAAGUCCUGAUCGUGGAGUCGGAGUUUCAGCAGCAGCAAGUCCAGCCAUGAGCAUUCCAUGUGAUCAAGAUCAAGGGAUGUUUUCACAAGAUGAAGGAUUCUCAACAGUAGAAAUCUCUGUUAAUCAACCUCCACAAGAGACUAAUUCAUGAUAAUGUAUAUUGUAUAUACAUAUAGAUUCAUUUAGGUUGAACUUAGUUUUAGGUUAUUUUUUUUGUUUUAAUUAAGUGGCAUUUCUUUUAGACAAAAGAGUUCUCACAUGAUGUAUAAUUAGAGCAUCCGAACUCUUUGCCACAUGCAAUAUUCUUGUAUGCGUUGGAAUAAAAUAAUUUAAAAUAAUAGUAGAAUGAUAUUUCUUGUAGAUAAA